AUGCCGUUCCAAGAGCAUACUUAUGAAUGGAAUAUCACAGAAGAAGUAGGGCCAACAUCAAGUGAUCCUCAGUGCCUUACCUAUACUUACUCUUCUGAUGUUGAUAUUGUAAAAGAUAGGCAUGCAGGACUGAUUGGAGCGCUGCUCAUCUGUAAACCUGGUAGUUUAAAUGAUAAUGGACAGCAGAAUAAAUUUCAUGCAGAAUUUGUUUUAUUGUUCUCUGUGUUUGAUGAAAGUGAGAGUUUGUAUAAUAAGAAAAAUACUCCAAUCAAAAUGUAUUCUAUCAAUGGAUUUACUAAUGGCACUUUACCAGAACUUAGUGCCGAUGUUUAUGGAAUGAUUAGUUGGCAUCUGAUUGGCAUGAGCUAUGAUCCUGAAAUUUUCUCUGUACAUUUUAAUGGCCAAGUCCUCUUGCAAAAUAACCAUAAAGUUUCAUCCAUUAGCCUGAUUCCAGGCUCUUCCAUCACUGCUGAAAUGUUUCCCAGUGAAGUUGGAAAAUGGCUGGUUUCUUCUCAAGUUCAGCACCAUCGCCAGGCUGAAUUAUAUGGAUAUCUCAACAUCAAACAAGGCACCAUUAAUAAAACUUCCAAGGGAUAUCGUUCAAGGAGAUUAACAGGAAGAAUUCGCGAGUAUUUUAUUGCUGCAGAAGAAGUGAAUUGGAAUUAUGCCUCUGAAAUUCCAAGCUAUUUUGACAGUGAUUUCAGUUCUAAGUAUUUGAAAAAAGCAGCAAACCGUAUUGGCAAAAUAUAUAAAAAAGCAAUAUAUGUAGAAUACACAGACAGAACGUUCACUCGGCGUAAAAUAUCAGAAGAAGAUAAAGCUACAUCUAUUCUACAAGAUGGAAUUGGAGUACCUAUUAUCCGAGGUGAAGUCAGAGACAUAAUUAAGGUAUACUUUUGCAGGAUCAUUCAUCUUGUGGUGGUAUUGUGUUCCCUGUCCACAGAGCCCUAAACUCACAAGAAGAUUUUAAGUCCAAUCCGUGGGCUAUCUGGGUACCCUCACUAUAGGGAAGUUAUACUGUGUCCACAUAAUCUUCAAACUCUAGCUUACUUCCCUAUUCUGACCCUGCGGCAAGGUCUAGCUAACAGUAUCUACUGCUUGAGUGGUGGGACCCCCUCUUUACCAAGGAGGACAUACUUCUAGCUAGUGAAGUAGUUUAAGCACUGUUUAUUUUAUUUUUAAUGAUACAUAGUUAAAUUUGGAAAAAUAAUUCUUAACACACAUUUAACACUCACAGAGGAUUUCUGUUUUGUAAAAUAUUUCAAAAAUAUUAAUGAUUUACAAACACAGGUCCAAUUCUUACAAACAAAAAACAUACCAAUGAGUUGCAGAUGAAUGAGUCAUCUGUUGCAGAAACUGAAGCUGAGGGAUGAGUUUUAGUUUUGACUGUCACCCCGUCUUUCUGUCAUUCCUAACCAUUAUGAGUGCUUCCUGAUAUUUAUAAUGUCCUGGUAUUAGAUGACAUCAUCUGCAUGUGAUGUUUUUCAGUUACCUUUUCUGGGACAAAGUAAUUUACACAGAUGGUGUAAAACCUAUGAUGACAAUGGUGCAAAUAAUUUAGCUGUAAUUGCCUGUUUUAAUGUAGGCCAACCAACAUAGCUCCAUUUUCUUGCGUUUAGCGAAUGCAGAGAAGAAUUUUCAUUGUUGUUUC